GAUGAAAGGAGGUGUGUUUUCUGCCAUUUGUGACACAGUGAACAAUAUCAAAAGCAGAAAAUGCCAAUUCUUUCAACGUUAAAAUCGUUGCACAGCUCCUUUAAGAACGCGUUCGUGAAUACCGAUUUCUCCUCUUCUUACGAUGUUCUUAACUUACGAACUUCUUAGCUAAGUUGUCGUAAACUAAGAAGCUCUUCGUGAAUCUGGCCUCUGGUGAUUAGCCCGCCCUAACGUUGGCCCGGCCGUUCCAAAAUCGAGUCGCGGGUCGUUUACUCGCGAUUUUGACGUGGCAUUACCCGCUGACGUAGGAGACAGGUUACUCGGGUAAGAUUCAGAACAUAGCCUGUAAAACCGGUGUUCUUACUGCGCAAGUUCAUGUAACUUUAAAACAAUCCAAUCCAAUCCGCUCAAGUUUAAAAAUGGCCGCGGCGUCUCCGUGUCCCGUUGUCGCCGAUUCGGAUGACGAAAUGUCGAAGAGAUUUCCACUGCUCUUUCCGAUGAAUGAGUCCUGCACAGAGUACAAAGGCUUCCUGGAGGUUUUGGACGAGCACUUCUACGUUCACCUGAGUGCCGCUGAUCCGGCCGAGCCGAAUACUUACUCCCUGAAUGGAGACUGGAGUCUUCACGAGCUGGUAACGGCUUCUGGCAAGGCCUUCGAACAGAUUCUUGGGAAGUGCAAGUCGCUCAGUCAUUUUCUGAUGGAAUUCUGCAACAUGAUGGAAUUAACUCUCAAGGCCCAAGGGGAGCCAGAGAAGUUUCAGCGGGCCCCCGAAAUCCUCACCAGAAUCUUGAGCGACUUGGAGCACUGUGGCUGGCACAACUUGGGACAUUUGAGUGUGGCUGGGGAUGAGAUCCAGCUCAACUACAUUGAUAGUAGAAAGCAGAAGCACUGGCUCAAGGUCCACCUGAGCCCAGAGUUUCCCGCGGAAGCUCCCAGUUAUGACACGGACCUGCCGGUGGUUUUCGAAUUCCAGUGGCACAAGGGCCAAACGCUGGCGGCUGUCUUUGAGGCCUUCGCACGCCAGGCAGACCGGCUGGUGCCUUUCUGGGAGGCCGCAGCUGACCUCGACGCACGCUGCUGGGUCCUCGAUCCCCCGUGUCCUAGGGCGGGAGAUGCGUACCGCCGGAUCGCGCUAGGCAAGAACGUAUCGAUGAUGGUGGUCAUCGAUCCGCACACACCGAUGACCUUACCUCGCCUGGAGUUUACAGGGCCAGAGGCGGAGGUCAGCCUCCAUGAGAAGGCUGUCCAGGACAAUGUGGACAAAUGGGACCCCAGUGCGUCCAUCUCGGCCAACCUGUCGGCUUUGCUGGGAUUUGAGGUGCCUUCCAGGGAAAAUGCGACGUCUGAGGAAGUGGACUGCACUUGUGGCAUCUGCUAUUCAUUCCUUCUGGAUGGCGCAGUUCCGGACGAGCUGUGCCAGAACUUCCGCUGUUCGCGGCCUUUCCACCAGAGCUGCCUCUCCGAGUGGAUGAGGUCUCUGCCCAUGGUCAGACAGAACUUCAACAUGUUCUUCGGGGAGUGUCCCUACUGUUCGGAGCCGAUGUCGUGCAGGAUGUAGGAGCAAAGACGUCGCAAGGCAUUAUUGUCCAAGGGAGAAGAUGGCCGCAUACUGACGUUUAUAUGAGUCGAGAUAACUAAGUUAUAGUAGUGUAGAAGCUGAGGGCUUUGCAGUGCUUCAUAAUUUGGAAAAAGAUUCUUGCUUAAGUCUUGAAAUUGAUUCUUUCACUCUAGAUAACAGUCGAAUUAUGUACUUUUGCAAUCCCAAUUGUAUAAACAGUCAACAUCUGCACAACUGCACUGUUGAGAAGUAAGAGUGCUCUGUACUUCUGCUUUAAGUAUUUUGUAAAAUUUUACUAUUAGGUAUAUAAUUGUACUUAACUUACACAGUACUAUUGUCUAGGACUUUAUGGGGAAAAUAUAAUAGAGGGCUCCUAAGUAAGCGUCCAAUGAUUUUUCACGCCAACUUGUGGACGAAGCAAUGCUUAGUCAGUCGUCGCACGAUACUGGGAACGAACAUGAAUGUUGCUUCUGGCAUUUGUAUGUUACCUUGAGUGAUCAUUUCAUCUUCAAUGCAUUGUAGGAAAGAAAUUGUGUGGUCUUUUGAUAUAUUUACCUGCUUUUGAAAUAAAAACACAUUGACAAAGCAACA